AUGGGAUGCAUUGGAAGUAACGCCAAAGUAAAGAACCCAAGAGCAAUUGACGAAACUGCACAAGUGCCAGUUGAAAGUUUUAAUGAAGACCGAAAUCCUUUAGUGCAGCAAAAUGCAGAGAGAUCAGACCAUAUUCAAAUUCUUAACAGAGGUGAAAGUCUGGCUUCAAAUCCAGCACCUCAGCCUGUAUUUCCUAUUUAGGAGAAAGACGCAAACUUAUCAUCUCAGCCAAGCUUAAAAGGAUUGAUCAUUAGCCGAGGCUCCUCAAAAGACCCAUCUAAAUUUGCUGAUUUGGACUAA